AUGAACCUCUACGGCAUCACCCUGAGCCGCGCCUCGGGGAUCCAGUGCGCCGUGUACGGCAACUUCUCCACGCCCAAGGCGCAGGAGAUCGUGGUGUCGCGCGGCAAGGUCAUCGAGCUGCUGCGCCCCAACGAGGGCCGCAAGCUUGUCAGCGUCUGCGCCGUGGAGAUCUUUGGCGUGGCGCGGUCCCUGCUGCCAUUCCGCCUCACCGGCGCCUCGCGCGACUACCUGGUCGUGGGCUCCGACUCCGGCCGGAUCGUCAUCCUCGAGUACUCGAAGGAGAAGAACGCCUUCGUCAGGAUCCACCAGGAGACCUUCGGGCGGUCGGGCUGCAGGCGCAUAGUCCCGGGCCAGUUCCUGGCGGGCGAUCCCAAGGGCAGGGCCUGCCUGAUCGCCGCCUGCGAGAAGCAGAAGUUCGUGUACGUGCUCAACCGCGACAACGCCGCCAAGCUGACCAUAUCCUCACCGCUGGAGGCGCACAAGGCCAAGCACAUCGUGUUCUCGAUUUGCGGUCUGGACUGUGGGUUCGAUAACCCAGUGUUCGCGGCCAUCGAGCUGGACUACGAGAAUGCGGACCAGGACGCGACUGGCGAGGCUGCGUCCCAGGCGCAAAAACACCUCACCCAUUACGAACUUGACCUGGGCCUGAAUCACGUCAUGCGCAAGGCCAGCGAGCCUAUCGAUAAUGGAGCCAACUUGUUGAUUCCAGUGCCUGGUGGUGCCGAUGGACCAGGUGGCGUGUUGGUGUGCGCCGAAAACUUCAUAAUGUACAGGACCGCUGAGUCCACGGACGAAGUGAGGGCUGUCAUACCACGGAGGACUGACCUUCCGGCAGACAGAGGGGUAUUGAUCGUGAGCUAUGCUACACACAAGAGGAAGAGCAUGUUCUUCUUCUUGGUACAGGUGAGUGUG